AAUGUUUCGUUCUCCUCCUCAACCGAUGUGGGAUCUCACACCCUCUCUAGAAAGUAAACUUUUUUGUGUGGUGGUUUUGUAUGGGAGAAUCUACACUUUGAGCUACGUCUAGAGACGUUCCUCUAUGUUAUUUCUACAGUGGUGCAUUCUUUAUAGGCUUUAGGACAUUUGUGGGGUUGUUCGUUUGUUCCAUCCCUUUGGUCCAGUUGGUUGGAUUCUUUCAAUUUAUGCUUGGUUUAGCCUAGGGACUGUUUCGCGGUGGUUUGUGAGAAGGGCACUGUUUUGUAGCAUGCUAUUUUUUUGCGGGGUCGUGGGGGGUUCGACUGACUUGAGAUGAAUAGUAGAAUUUUUAGAGAGGUUAAACGGUUUUGUGACGAAGUGCGGGAGUUGGUGAAGUUUUAUGUCUCGUUGUAGGCAUCAGUCACUUGACCCUAUUGUAACUAUGAUUUUGGUUUUUAAUUUUGUUAGAUUGAAGUCCCUAGGUUAUGAGACAUUCUUAUUGAUGCCUAUACUUGAAUUUCAGAUUCUUACAUAAAUAUUUCAACCUUCGCCAUUCAGAAGCAGCCUUGUUUGUGGCUUACUAAGUAGUUUUGUCGACAAAUGAAGAACUCAGCAUCAUUUGAGCAGUCUAUACCUGAAAGAAUUACUCAACCAUUGUUCAGUGCAUCAAACUCUUGCACUCUAGAAACAUCCUUAGAAACCCUUAUUGAAGCUUCCAAAAGUGUCGAGGGUCGAUCUAAUUUCACUUCUCAGAAUAUCCUUCCUUGUGUGCUCGAGCUGAUUCAGUGUCUCGAUUACAUUUCUAAUAAUGCUCUUCAAUUGUCAUCCUUAAGGCUCCUUAGAAACCUAUGUGCCGGAGAAAUUAGAAACCAGAAUGUUUUUAUUGAACAAAAUGGAGUCGGAGUCGUUUCGAGCAUUUUGCAAAAUGCUAUGCUUUUGUUUGAUCCCGAUCGUGUGAUCAUUAGACUAGGACUACAGGUUCUAGCAAAUGUUUCAUUGGCUGGAGAAGAACACCAACAAGCAAUUUGGUGUGGAUUGUUCCCCGACAAGUUUGUUUCACUUGCUCGUAUUCGUUACUGUGAGAUUUCGGAUCCUUUGAGUAUGAUUCUCUACAAUUUAUGUAGUACAAACUCCGAACUGGUCGCAUCACUCUGCAGUGAUGUCGGGUUGCCUAUAAUUGAAGAGAUUACAAGGACAACAUCUUUAGUUGGUUUUAAGGAAGAUUGGGUGAAGUUACUUCUUUCAAGAAUCUGCUUGGAGGAACCUAAUUUUACUCGACUUUUCUCUGCAUUACACCCUAUCGAUUCUUCUAAAGAUGGCGGCAAAGACAUGUCCUUUUCAUCCGAACAGGCGUUUCUUUUGACAAUCAUAUCGGAGAUAUUGAACGAGCGAAUUGGAGAUAUCUCUAUUCCCAAGGAUUUUGCGUCGUGUAUACAUAGAAUAUUUCAAAGCUCCAUUCCUAUUAUCAGUUCCACACCGAUAUGCGAGCGCAGUCUCCCAACAGGCAGGACUGCAGUCGACGUUCUUGGCUACUCGCUCAAUAUUUUACGAGAUAUUUGUGCGCAGGACGAUGGUAAGGAAGGAGGACGUAAAGAUGUCUCCGAGGAUGCAGUUGAUGUGCUUCUCUGUCUCGGACUUAUAGAUUUGCUUUUGGGCAUACUUCGAGAUAUCGAACCACCAGCCAUCGUUAAGAAGGCAAUUCAACAAGCAGAGAACGAGAAUAGAACAGAUCUUCCAAACACGUCGAAGUCGUGUCCAUGUCCAUAUAAAGGGUUUCGAAGAGAUAUCGUUGCUGUCAUUGCAAAUUGCUUAUACAGAAAGAAACACGUACAGGACGACAUUCGAAAGAAGAAUGGAGUGUUUGUGCUAUUGCAGCAGUGUGUUGUUGAUGAAAACAAUCCAUUUUUGAGGGAAUGGGGCAUCUGGGCUGUGAGGAACUUACUGGAAGGGAACCUGGAAAACAAAAAACUUGUAGCUGAAUUGGAGGUUCAAGGGCCUGUAAAUAUGCCUGAGAUUGCUGAACUUGGUCUUCAAGUUGAGGUGGACCCAAAAACAAAGGCGGCUAAGCUUGUCAAUGCCACACGACCAUUUAAAGACAAUUAAGGAAUGAAAAACGUGGUACAUGAAGAAACCAGAACCAACGCAAGCUUCUUCUACUUAGCGCCCACAAAUAUUGCCCAAACUCUCAUUAUUGGGCUUUUUCUAAACCAGAUACACAAGAUUUCUUGCCCGAAUCAUCUAUUGGAGCUAUCAAGCAGUCUAGUUUGAGCCUUGGUGAGGGUCACAACUUCAGU